AUGUCUGAUCAUAGAAAAAUCAAACCCGAAGAAUUUAAUCUAGUCUUGAUUGGAUUUGUAGACUGCGGAAAAUCAACACUUGGUGGUCAAUUGGUAAGAAAAAUUAAACCACAAGUUUAUGAACAAUUAAAGCGUCAAUGUGAGCUUUAUCAGCAAGGACAACAAGCGAUUUUUCAACGAUUUGGAAUUCAAUCAUGGAUGGGAAAUAGAAAUCAUUUUCAUAUCUCUUCACUCAUGCUGGAUUCUCCAACUCAGGCAGAGAGAGAAAUAAGUACUGAUGUGAAUGCUAAACAUGUAAUUGAAUUGUCUGCUUGUCAAUUUCGGAUUAUUGACACACCUGGACAUGGUGAUUUUAUAAAGAAGACAAUUCAAGGGAUUUCGAUGGGAAAUGUUUGUUUGAUGGUGGUUAGUGCAUCUGAUGGAGAGUUUGAAGCUGGAUUCCACCGAGAGAAUCUAUCAUUUUCUUAUAAGCAGCAACUAAUUUAUUCAAAAGUUGCUGGAAUUGAGAGGUUCAUAGUGUGUGUCAAUAAGAUGGAUUGUGUGAAAUAUUCAGAGAAGAGAUUUUUGGAAAUUAAAACAAGUAUUGGUAAAUUAAUCAAGACAGUUGGAAUCAAGCAAGAAAUUCCAUUCAUUCCAAUUUGUGGAGAGUGUGGAGAUAAUGUUUUUGAGAGGUCAGAAAAUAUGAAAUGGUAUUGUGGAAAAACACUCACUGAAACGUUGAAUAAUAUGGAAACCAACUUUCAAAGGACUGUUGAGGAAUGUUUGCGAGAGCCAUUGAGAAUUGCAAUUUUUAAACCCAAGUUGCCGAAUGGCAUUCUUGCUGGAUAUAUUAUUAGUGGAAUGGUUAAGGUUGGAAUGACAGUUCAAAUUCCACGAGUGCAUAGUGGAGAAUUGAUUAAUGUGAGAGUGAAGAAUAUUCAAAUUUCACAUACCAACAAGGAGAGAGCAUUUUCCAACUCUCUGGUUGGUAUUGAAUUCGAUAAUCUGCCACCAACUAAAACUGGUUACAUAAUAAGCGAUCCAUAUUUUUCACCAUGUAAGGCAGCAUCCAGGUUUAUAGCACAAAUUUCAAUAAUUAAUACUCCUAAACCCUCAAUAAGGGCUGGUUAUGCUCCAAUAGUACAUUGUGGGCUAGCUUUUGCCAAUACUAAAUUUGAGAAAUUGAUUGGGAUAUUGAAUCCUACAGAUAGCUCAAUAAUAAUUGAGGAAAAUCCAUCCUGUCUUGAAAUAGGAGAUGUAGCACUUGUUGAAUUGGCACCUACUGUUCCAUUAUUUGUGGAUAGCUACAAUGAUUGCAACAAACUUGGAAGAAUUAUAAUUAGGGAUGGACGUGCAACUAUUGCUGUUGGUACCAUUGUUAAAGUCAAUUAUAGAAGGAACCAAUUUACAUUAUUUCCUAACAAGUUUAAUUAUAUUGUCAAGUCACCACAUCCAUUUACAGAUCUUUCAAUUAUCAAUAGAAAAUAA